AUUUCGUUUUAUUCCUCUCUUUCUCUUUCGCUCAUUCUAUCGCUGUUGUACUGCGUUUGUCAUACUCUCACUGGAAAAAUACUCACAAUGGAUGCUCGCUCGCCGCUUUCCGCGCUCGGUUCGCAUCUCAACCAAAUGUCGAUGAGCGCUUCGAUGCAGAUCGACCCCAUCAAGUUUCCACCAGCACCGAUGGCCGGAUCGCGCAUUCGAGCUCCGACCACAGUUGUCAAGAAGGAAGCGACAAUCAUUGCUCCUCAGCAGGACACUGAGACGCUCACGCACCUGAUGCAAGCGAUCGAGGAAAAUAUUGCGUCCGCGCCCAUCUCGCCAGGCAAGCGCCGCGCAAGCACCUCGGAAGCACAGCCUGCGCCGGACAUGAAGCGCCCGGCGGCUGCAACUGUCAAAGGCCGCGUCGUGAACGCUGGCACAACCAGCGCCGUCCGCCCGGCAACUGUCGCGACGGCCCGUCCUGCACCAAAGGCGGUGGCUGCAAGCGCUCCCCGCACUGGAACGACUACCACGGCCGCCAGCGUCUCGGCAAGCUCUGCCGCCGUCAAGGCACGCAUUGCAAGCACGGCCACCUUGCGCAAGCCCGUUGGGCCUGCUCCGACUUCGGCGUCGGCGAUUGCCGCACGCAAGGCCGCUGCUGCAUCUCAAACGGCUGUCCAGCCGCAGCAGCAGCCAACCUCGUUCAUUGCUCCGGCACCGAGUGCUGCCGAGGUUGCCGCGUCCGUUCCCGGCAAUCGAGCUGCGUGGGAUUACAAGGGUCGAUUGGAAGACAUGGAAUCCUUCGCCAUGUCGCUGCGCGAGUCGCAGGCAACGUCCAAGACAGAAGUCGCCACCAUGGAAGCAGCAGUAGCGGGCACUCAAGAGCAGAUGGCAGAGCUGGACAAGGUCCGUCAGGGCCUUGAGGAGCGCCUUCAAGCCAAGGAGCGUGAGGUCAGCGAAGCAGCCACCCGCAUCCGCGAGCUCGAGUCGGCCACCCGUCUGCGUGAUGUCGAGUAUGAAACGGCCACUGCAGCCAUGCGAUCCAAGUACACGCUCGAGAGCGACAUGCUGCAAACGCAACUCUCGUCGCUCCAGCGCGAGAAGGAGGCUGUUCAGCGCUCGCAUCGCGAGGCUCUUGAUGAGGCUUGCACUCUCAAGUCACAAUUGACCCGCACUCAAAACGACCUUGCCGUCGCCGAAUCCAAGCUGAAGUCGAUCUCAGCCAGCUUGGAAGAGACGCAGCGACUGCUCGAGCGCCGCGACGAUGAACUGCGUGUCGCUAAGGGAGAAAUCAACUCGCUCCGCUCCACCAUUGCCAAGCUGUCGAGCGAGGCCAUUGAAGCCCAGACCGAGCUCCGCAUCACUCGCGAGUCGCUCCACCGCGCCGAGGCAGAUGGCUCCAGCAAAGCCCGCACCAUCGAGGAGCUCCAGGCCAUGAUUGCCGCUCACCAAGAAACGAUUCGCCAGUGCGAAGAGAAAAUCCGCGAAGACGAGGCUAUUCGGCGCCGUCUGCACAACACGGUGCAAGAGCUGAAAGGCAACAUUCGAGUGUUCUGCCGCGUUCGUCCCAUCCUGCCCCACGACCGCGCUGCGCCAGGUGCAAAGAACGGCGGACUCGCAAAGAUGGACUUCCCCGACCGUGAAAGCAAGACCAUUGUCCUGUUUGACGGAGCGCAGGAGAGCUACGACGGCAAGACGUCGACCAAGGCACACGAGUUUUCGUUCGACAAGGUGUUUUCGCCCAGCACGUCCCAAGCAGCCGUGUUUGACGAAAUGUCCCAGCUUGUCCAAAGCGCUCUCGACGGCUACAAUGUUUGCAUUUUUGCCUAUGGCCAAACCGGCUCUGGCAAGACGUACACGAUGGAGGGACCGGCCCUGCCAUCUUCCACCUCGCGCAUGGAUGACUCGGCGGGCUCCGCCGCCCAGAAGGAGUCGUGCGGCAUGAUUCCUCGCGCAGUCGCUCAAAUUUUCCAGACCGCUCAGCGCCUGACUGAAAAGGGCUGGGCCUACGAAAUGGAGGCCAGCUAUCUCGAGAUUUACAACGAGCUAAUCAACGAUCUGCUCGGCAACGGCGAUUUGACCAAGAAGCACGACAUUAAGAUCCGCCCCGACAAGCCCGACGAGAUUUACGUCUCCGACACGGUGUCGGUAAAGGUGGAGAACGAGAUGCAAGUGUUUUCGCUGCUCAACCGCGCCUCGCAAAACCGCGCUGUGGCCGAGACUCAGUGCAACUCGCGCUCGAGCCGCAGCCACUCGGUCUUCCGUCUCAAGCUGACCGGCCGCAACUCCAUCACUGGCGAGUUCUCGGAAGGCAUCCUCAACCUCGUCGAUCUUGCUGGCUCUGAGCGCCUGAGCAGCUCUGGCGCGCAAGGAGACCGUCUCAAGGAAACGCAGGCCAUCAACAAGUCGCUGUCGCACCUCGGCAACGUCAUCAUGGCCCUUGCAAACAAGCAGCAGCACGUGCCGUACCGAGACUCCAAGCUCACCCACCUGCUGCAAAACAGCCUGGGUGGAAACAGCAAGACGCUCAUGUUUGUGAAUAUUUCGCCGCGCGAGGAGUCGCUCUCCGAGACGAUCUGCUCCCUGCGCUUUGCGACCAAAGUGAAUGGAUGCAAUAUCGGAACUGCGCAAAAGCGCAAGUAAAAUUUUGCAAAGGCGCCUGUUCAGGCCUUGCCGACAGAGACAAGUCCGAACAAGGGCUGACGACAAACGUUGAUGAAUGUAGAAUGAAUGUCGAGUUGAUGUGUUUGAAAAGUUGAUGAAGUGGUGUUGCGAGAUAAAAGAUUGUGCCUGGUUUGAAUCACGAAGAAACAAAAAAAAAAAA